CAAACCGAAUCUACAGCAGCAUCAGGUGUGAAAACAGCCUUUGGGUUUGACUCCAUCACUUUUGCACAUGUCGAAAUGUGUUGGCUUGUUGUAUCACAGCGGUGAGGAAAGGUUUCCUAGAACAGUUUGAGCAAUAAAACCUCCACAGGGUGGCUGUCGUUAUGCAUCAGGCUCUGAGGUUGUUUUAAAAUAUGUGAAGAGGAAGAGGAACCGGCCUGAUAUGAUUCAAAGGCUGUUGGGCAUUUUUCUGAUCAGCUUUCAGUUAUUUUCUGUGUGAAGGAUGGAGAACAACGGGGACGAAGUCUGCUAUUCUACAGUCCAUAUCAAAAACAGCAAACCUUCUCCGACAGACACUCAGGAGGAUUCAACCGUUUACGCUGAAGUGAAACAGAAGAAAGUCGCUCCUGCUCAAACCAAGAAAGAGGAAACAGCAUCUCUCUGUGGCUCUCGCCUGAUGCUGGUGUGUUUGGGGAUUCUCUGCGUCCUGCUGGUUGGGAGCAUCGCCGUCAUCGUCUACAUGAGCAUGAAGACGACCGUGCAGCAGACAGAAAUCAAUGACCUAAUCAAAGAAAAUGAGCGAGUGACUGAGGAAAAUAAAAUGAUGCAGAACAAAAACAAGGAGCUGAGCCGAGAGAGAGAUGACCUGAACAAGACUCUGGGAUUCAUCCAGAAGUUUGACGACUUUCCUGUUAAAGACUACUGUUCUGAUGAAGGGUGUAAACCGUGCCGGACAGAUUGGAUCCUCUUUCAGGGAAAAUGCUACCUGUUUUACGACAAACCAGAUCCUUGGAAGUCCUGGACAGGAAGUCGGACGUUCUGUCAGGACAAACAUGCAGAUUUGGUUGUUAUUGAUGAUCUGGAGGAGCAGGAAUUUGUCAGCAAAAAUCUCAAGUUCUACUAUGAUGAAUACCACGGAUACUGGAUGGGAUUACAAGAAGUUAACAACACCUGGACCUGGAUUAAUGGACGUGCAGAUACUCUUGGGUUCUGGAUGAAGGAGGCGUUGGGAACAUCAGGUCCAGUUGCACUUCUGAUCCCAGAGAGAAAUCUGACAGAGAACUGGGACAAAGCAGAUGAGGUGUUUAAGAACAAAUUCAUCUGUGAGCAUGAAGCUGUUAUUUGGCCCGUCUAACUCUUCUCCUAUAGAUCCCAGACGUUUACAUACACUAUAUAAAAACACACAUGCAUUUAUUUAUUUAUUUUUUUUGUCACGCUGUCUGAUGUGAAAUCAGAAUGAACGUUUCUUCUCUUGGUCUAUUACGAUCACCAAAAUAUUUUCUACAACUUGAAUAACGAGGGAGAUUUUUUUUUCAUUCAAUCUUCACUGUAAAGAAUCAAAAAUAUACUUUAUAGUGUAUGUAAACUUCUGGUUUCUACUGUAAUAAAUUUGUCAUCACUUUUUGGUAAAAGUCAUAAAUAAAAACACAAAGCCCUGUUUUAAAUGCUGUUAAAAAAUUACUGAAGAUUUUUAAACUGUCUCCAUUUCCUGUAUGCUCAUAUGGACAGACUGUUAAAUGUAACAUCAUUUAGCUUUUGAUUAGUUUGAAGUAUUAUUAAUUUAAAGGCCUUAUGGAUCAUUUCUUCUGUUUAUUUAUAGUUUUAGUUACUUAUUGCCGUUUUAUUGCAUCAUGCAGCACCGGUAGCUGGAAAUGUUCAGUCAAAGACCAGACAAAUGAAAAAUGAUUUAUUUCAAAGAGAUCAUUCAUUUAUUUGUUUUUGUUUGUUUUUUAUAACUCACAAAAACAACCUGGUUAUGUUUAGUUUUCAGGUAAAUAUUCUGCUGUCAAAUAUAUUUAACAUAAACUCAAACCAUCAGUUGAUUCAAAGCAUAAUUUAUACAAUAAAUUUAAAUCAGAGGCUCAUUUAACUCGAUGGAUCCCUGUGAUUAAAGGAGAGAAUGUGUUUUUCAUUUAAUAUGAAUGGAACCCUUUCAAUAACAAAGUUAAUUUAUUUUAUUCAAACGGUCUUAAAUGCAUCAUUUGUGAUUAAACUCAUUGUUGAAAAAGUUCA